UUAUUCGUUAUGAUUUAUUAGCUAAAUUUCAGACAAACCUUAGGGUGCGAAGUAACGAUUUUCAUAAGCACGCAUCGUUAGAGUAACUUUACUAAUAUCAACCUCGUAAAUGUGGUUGAGACUAGAUUUGUAGGGUGAGGUUAGAACGCCACAGAAAUCUGGAUCACGUUGCCUCGGUAACCGGUUCAAUUUGCGAAGUGUCAAAAAUCAAAACAAACUGUUAAUUCGACCCAGUAGCGUGCGCUUAUUUAACGUAAAUAGCGAUGUAUGGAUGUAUUUGUGUAGACUCAGUGAUUAACAGUUCUUGAAUCUAAAUUAUGACAAUGCGCUGCUAAAUUCAUUGCAAGUGAACGAUUUAGAGGUAUUCUUGUUGUCACACUCAGGUUAUUAAAAUGAGAUCUCAUCCUACAUGGGUUGAUAAAGUUCAAGACAAAACAGACCAGUGCAUCUAUGACCUCUGCUUCAACCCAGAUGGAACCCAGUUGAUAGUUGCAGCUGGCAGCCAAGUCCUUGUCUACGAAACCAAUGAUGGUGCGCUUGUACAACCACUCAAAGGACACAAAGAUGUCGUCUAUUGUGUUUGCUACGCGAGAGAUGGAAAGAAGUUUGCGUCUGGCAGUGCAGACAAAAGCGUCAUUAUAUGGACUUCCAAGCUCGAGGGAAUAUUGAAAUACUCCCACAGUGAAGCUGUUCAAGCGAUGCAAUUCAAUCCUGUCUCGCACCAGCUACUCAGCUGUGCACUUUCGGACAUCGCAUUUUGGUCCACUGAACAGAAGGCUGUACAGAAGCUGAAGUCUGGAGGCAGAGUAAAUUGCUGUGCUUGGACGAAGGAUGGUCAGUACUUGGCCAUCGGACUUGCGCUCGGAUAUGUUUCUAUUAGAAAUAAGAAUGGAGAAGAAAAGACUCGCAUUGAUCGUGCAGGAGCAACGCCAAUCUGGAGUUUGUCUUGGAGCCCAUUGAAGGAUGAUUCUGCUGAUGUCUUAUGCGUUGCUGAUUGGGGUGGCGGUCUUUCCUUCUACACUCUGGCUGGCAAAACAGUGAGCAGGGAUAGGUCGCUGAACUUUAUUCCACUGAAUGUGACUUACUUUCCUGACGGACAAUACAUUCUGGUUGCUGGCAGCAAUAAGCGCUGUUUACUUAUGACCCACGACGGCAUUCAGUUGGCUUCGGUUGGCGAUACUUUUUCAUCUUGGGUAUGGAGUUGUGCCGUUCAUCCAGGAUCCUCACAUGUUGCGAUUGGUUGCCAAGAUGGAACAAUAACCUAUUCUCAAUUAUCCUGGAACACUGUUCACGGUUUGUAUGGAGACCGAUAUGCAUAUCGAGAAAAUAUGACUGAUGUUAUAAUCCAGCACCUGGUUACGAAUCAAAAAGUUCGAAUUAAGUGCAAGGAUUUGGUCUGUAGAAUUGCAGUUUAUCGAGAUAGACUCGCUGUGCAAUUACCUGAACGAGUGAUCAUAUAUGAGCCUUCAGGAAACAGCGAAGGAAUGCACUAUCGCAUUAGGGACAAACUUUCUCAAUCCUUGAAUUGCAAUUUGUUAGUUGUAACCACAAACCAUUUGGUACUGUGCCUAGACAAACGACUACAGAGCUUAACUUUUGCUGGUAUUGUUGAAAGAGAGUGGAUUCUCGAUGGCGCUAUUACCUACAUAAAAGUCGCCGGUGGUCCGUCAGGUCAAGAGUGCAUCAUUGCAGGAUUGAAAACUGGAUAUGUUUCAAAGAUAUAUCUCGACAAUCCGUUUCCAGCUCAACUAGCAAAAGUUGGAGGUGCUAUACACUGUCUAGAUAUUAGUCCACUAAAAGAAAAAUUAGCCGUAGUAAGUGACACGGGUUUGCUUACCGUGUUCGAUCUGAAUACAGAAGAAAUAUUACGAGAAAUCCAAGAUGUUACAAGCGUUGCAUUCAAUUCCGUAUUCGAGGAUAUGAUGUGCUACUCAGGGAACGAUUAUUUGGCUGUCAAAGUCGCUGAUUUUAACGAAUACAAACAAAAGUUUUCCGGCUUUGUUGUCGGUCAUAAUGGGUCCAAGUUGUACUGUUUAAAUGGAGCGGCGAUUGUGACGAUAGAGGUACCAUUAUCAUCAUCUAUGUAUCAGUACCUAGAAAGAGGCAUGUUUAAAGAAGCUUUUGCAAUAGCUUGCUUAGGCGUAGCUGAAGGAGAUUGGCUUGCCUUAGGGACUGCUGCUCUAGAUCACUUAGAAUUGAACGUAGCAUAUGCAGCAUUUUCGCGUAUCAAAAAAUUACGCUAUAUCGAUAUCGUUUCUGAAGUUGAAGAGAAAUUGAAUUCUGGGGAAUGGGGUCGAGAAGCUUGUAUGGCUACUGCGGCUGCAGCUAUGGGAAAACUUCGAGAAGCUGCAAGAUUGUACCAGAAAGCUGGACUUCAACAAUUCGCUCUUAACAUGUAUUCAGAUUUGAGAAUGUUCGAUAUCGCUCAAGAAUUUAUAACGAGUGGUAACACGCAGGAUCGAACAAUUUUACUGAGGCGAAGAGCUGAGUGGGCAAAAAGUUUGGGAGAACCUCGAGCAGCUGCUGAAAUGUUCCUCACUGCUGGAGACGUUCAACGUGCCAUUAAUAUUAUUGCUGAAUAUGGUUGGAUUGACAUGCUCAUCAAAGUUGGACGACAACUGGACAAGGCUGAGAGAGACAGUUUAUCUAUGAUAGCUAAAAAGCUGAGACAGUUGGGCGCAACGCAUGGCGCUGCUGAAAUAUUCAGUCGAUUAGGAGAUGAUCCUGACGUUGCUGAUGUUUUGAUAGAUGCACAAGCAUGGCCUGAGGCGUUUGAACUGGCGGAAAGAAAUCCGAAACUAAAAUCUCGCGUCUAUGGACCAUAUGCAAGAUGGUUAGCUGAAACUGGUCGUUUUUCUGAAGCUCAAGAAGCAUUUCAAAUGGCUGGUCAACCUGAGGAAUCGAUAUCUGUUCUCACACUGUUGGCCAAAAAUGCUGUGGCAGAGAAAAGAUUCCGCGAUGCCUCGUACUUCUAUUGGAUCCUUUCACAACUGAGUCUCGAUUUAAGCAAACGUACUGAAGAAAUAAUUGCAACUUUUCAAAUAUAUCAUGAUAAAGCUGAUAUUUACUACGCGUAUAACGAAGUUUACAAAUAUUUGGAAGAACCUUUCACUUCAUUGAUGCCGGAAGCUUUGUUUAAUAUAUCUCGAUUUUUGCUAAUGAAAACUCAAGAUAUGCAAGUCGAGGGAGUGUCACAAUUCACCAUAACUUAUACACUCAUUAAGCAAGCGCGUAUUCUUGGUGCCCAUAAAUUGGUAACACAGCUCUUUGAGCGAUUGCGGGGUAUGAAAGUUCCUGCAAGUCUAUUAUCGCAAGUGGAGGUCUCAACUUUGGCAGCUAGGGCUUAUCCUUACAGCGAUCCCGAAGAACUUCUACCUCUCUGCUACCGCUGUUCUACCUUUAAUUCACUUCUACCUUCUAACAACAUUUUUGGAAAUAAAUGUGUUCAGUGUGGACUUAAAUUUCAGCAUUCAUUCGUCAUGUUUGAAAUAUUACCUAUAGUUGAAUUUGAGUUGGAAGAAGGAAUUACUGACGAGGAAGCCAGAAGAUUAAUUGAAGAACCAAGACCUCUCUCUGAUAGUUCUUCAAUCAGUGAUAAUCAACUCAAUAUACCUACAGCCGUUGGAGACUUGUUCACAGCUCGUUUAAUACGAUACGAGGAUAAGACAGGCGAAUCAACAAUUACCGUUGGGCGAGGUGUUUUAGCGAGUAUAGAACCGUCCAGCGUACUAAUUGCACACUGGCCAAAACCCUUCAAGACUAGAUACUUCAGAAAUCUUUUGCCGGAUCUUCAAAUAACUUUGUGCAAAUCAUGUUUAAAGUUAUUCCAUUCAGAUGACUACGAAUUGGCAAUAUUACGUCACGGCCACUGUCCAUUCUGUAGAAGUUCACAGCUACCUAGAGCAGAACAAAUUACAAGACAUGCAACGUGAAAAGGAAUGUCUAAAGAAAACAAGUCA